CCUCUGGCGGAGCCAGCCACAGUACAGUUGAGAACGCCGUUGUAGGCUGUCUCGACGUGUAUGUUCUGAACGGUUUUGCAACAUGUUAAUGAGUUUUCGUCUGCUCCCAACGAAAAAUUCACGUGGCGUGUUCAGUAUACGAAAGAAAAACACUAGUUCGAGAUAUUUACCUUCUUGAUCAAGUAUUUUGUUUAGUUUCAAUUGUGCGGGAAGCGAGCUAAAGGAAGAUGCCAGGCAAAGGGGGCAGAAGAGGAAAGUACGGUGGAAAGAGGGUUGAGUUUACAUCCGACGAGGAUUCGGUCAACAAUGACGCCUGUAGCGAUAUCAGCGGCCAAUCGGACAAUCGCAGCGUGCCGGAGGAUGCCAAUGACAACGAGGUGGACGAACUCGCUCAGCAGGAGGCGUUCGAGGAGAAGUUGAGGGAGGCGAUCGACGGACUUACGCAGAAGAGCUCCAAGGGCAGAACCAUCUGUUUCAACGGCGUUGAGAAGAUCUUCGCCAUCAAGUAUAUUCCCGAUUUCGUGGAGGAUAGAAAAAUGACCAUCGCCGACGCGGUCGAGCGCGGAUUGAAGAAGGGACGCGGCGAGGAGCAAUCGACGGCGGCUAGACUCGGAUCUCUGCUCUGCGUUCAAUUGGGAGCGUUCGAUAGCGCCGAGACGAUAUGCAACGACCUGAAGUCCACUCUUAUUUUCAUCGCCAAUGACAAUGCGGCUUCUGUCGGUGCUCGUGCUGAGUGUUGCUGGGCACUGGCUAUGAAUCAGUUCUUAUCGGGCAAUGAUGCAACUGACACCAUAGAAAUUGUUCAAUUACUUUCGUCCAUCUUCUCCGGUUCAUAUCUGAAGGGAAACGGCGCGAUCGCGAACAUAUCGACGGACGUGGCCGCGUUGCACGCGGCGGCUAUCUCAUCGUGGACGCUGCUUCUGACGGUCAUGACCUCCGCGGACAUCUACAAUUUGCUCGCGAGCGACAGGACCAACAGUUACAUGCCUUCUCUCAAUCGACUGCGCGAGUUGCUGGAGUCGCCGCAUCUGGACGUACGUUUGUCGGCCGGCGAGGCGUUAGCGGUGAUAUUCGAGCUCGGCCGCGACUUCUCGUACGAUUACGAGCAAGACUGGGCGCUCGAUCUCGUCGAAAUUCUCCGACAACUCGCCACGGAUUCGAACAAGUACCGGGCGAAGAAAGAUCGCAAGCAGCAACGCGCUAAUUUCAGAGACAUACUGCGGUACAUCGAAGAAGACGUUGUUCCCGAGAUGAGCGUCAGAUUCGGAAAGGAGGUUCUGUACUUGGAGGGAUGGUGCGCGAGAACUCAGUACAACGUUUGCUGUCGAUUGUUGGGACCCGGUAUCAACAUCCAUCUUGCCGAGAACCAACUGCUGCGCGAGAUCUUUCAUCUGGGCAACAAGGUCAUACCAAUACCGAAUAGUCAGAAAACGAGUAAAUUGGAAAGAACUCUGAUGAACGCGGCCGCGUUCAAAGCACGUACCAUUCAACGCAAUAAGAAUCGCGACAAGAGAUCCGCAGCUAUGGCACCGUAAAUCGCACUUCUGCUCUACACUGGCUGGCCGAUUUUAAUAUAUACAAUAUACAAGAGUACAUAAUUUUUUUGAUUUUUUUU